AUCAGAGAGUAGCAUCUUUUUGCACCUUGAGUGAUAUGCAGCAAGCUCGGGGCUUGGAGGGAACACAAGAGUUACCUUUGGAUGAGAGUCCCACAGAAGGAAAAGAUUUCCUUGAGGCUACUGGGGAACAUGCUCCGAGUACUCUGACUGGAAAAGUAAACCAGCUAGAAGUCAUCCUCCGGCAACUACAAACCGAUCUGAGAAAGGAAAAACAGGACAAGGCAGUUCUCCAAGCAGAGGUGCAGCAUCUGAGACAAGAUAACAUGAGACUUCAGGAGGAGUCUCAAACAGCAGCUGCUCAACUGAGGAAAUUUACAGAGUGGUUUUUCAAUACGAUAGACAAAAAAUCCGAAUGACUGGGCCCCUGGAAAAUACUUACUUGAACAAUGUAACAGCUGUAUUUUUUGAAUUAGCGGGGUAAUAAUUUCACUGUGUUCACAAUCCAUUUUAGGUGUUUCUGCUACGUUCUCUGUCCAGCUUUAUUCAUUUGAAAGGGAGAGAGAGCUGUGGUAAUCAGUCUUUAAAUUCAUAUGAAGAAAGCAGAGAAUAGCAGAUAUUUGUUUGUGUGCAGAUGAAUGUAAAAAAUCCUUAGUGUCAUUUUAGACAUUUUUAGAAGAUGCUCUGUCUGGGGCUUGCCUGAAGAGGAAUAUUCGGGGUUUUAGUUCCUACAUUUCAGGUGCACUGGUGAAAACGCUAUAGCAAUUUACAUUAGCUUGGGCUUCAGUAUUGUAAGAUAAAAAGAAUAACCAGACAUAUACUUUAAUGUUUAAAAGGUGCUCUAUUUUUUUGUAUGUACAGUAGUUUUAUUUCCACAGUCCACAUUGUCAUAGCAAUAAGAAUGGAGGUAUAGUGAAUAGUCACAAAGCUGUGUUUAUAAAAUGUUAGCACUGAUGUGUUUAACACUCGUUUGGAUGCAGAUACAUUAGAGAUUAUUUAUUUGCAGGAGCAAAUGGUGCCUGAAUAUAAACAGUGUUCUGAUUUUCUAAAAAUACACAUGCCUUGUAUAUGGCUCACUGGGGUUAGCCCACUCCCAACUUCAGUUACUUUUGUAUAGUUGAUGUUCAGCUAAACAGUUAUACUGCUUAACUAUUGAAAUCAUGUACGGUGUGAGCCAGCCAAUCAAUUGUACAAUGCCAAAUUUGUUUAUCUUUGUACAGAAGCUUUGAUCAAGUGUCUUGUAUUUAACACCUUUAUUUAAGCUUAUUUAACCUUAAAUUGUUGUUUUUAUAAAGUUUGUUUUAUCUGCACUAUGGUGAGGUCAGUUGGUUGCAAGUUGUAAUAUUUUUAGCUUGCCAAGACUGUACUGAGGAGUUCUAGAAAAUUCUAACAAUUGGAUGCUGCUAGCACACAAUUGAUUUGUUUGUAUGCUUUAACAUUUUUAACGGUUUAAUUUGAAAUGAACAUACAUCCUGCUUUUUUAAUAAAUGUUAAAAAUCUAAACCUGAA